AUGGAGGGGCAGUAUAACUACGCCUUCACCUUCGCUGAACCACGACCACCACCCCGCUACCGCGCGCAACACCCUCACAUCUCCACCCAGAAAAUGACGACUCCCUCAACACAACCCCCCCACGCCCCCCGCUACGGCCUCGGCCGUACAAACCCUCCUCCAAACCCAUCAUCCACCUUCGCCCCAAACCCGCCCAAGAACGCGCAACGCCUCGAAUCCGAGCGUCUCGAAGCCGAGCGCCUCGCGCGCGACUCCCUCUCUGAGCUCUCCGAAGAACAACGCGAAGAAAUCAGCGAAGCCUUCAAUCUCUUCGACCUCGACAAGGACGGGUACAUCGACUACCACGAGCUGAAAGUGGCUAUGAAAGCGUUGGGCUUCGACCUGCCCAAGAACGAAAUCCUGGGACUGUUGAACACACACGGCACGCAGACGACUACGACGAAGAGAGGCGCGCAGGCACAGCCCCAGCCUCCCAGGCGGUUGCUGAGUUUUCAGGCGUUUCAGAAUCUCAUGGCGCAGAGGAUCUUGAGCCGUGAUCCGAGGGAGGAAAUUGAUCGCGCGUUUGAGUUGUUUGAUGAGGGGGGCAAGGGCAGGAUUACGUUGCAGGAUUUGACAAGGGUGGCGAGGGAGUUGGGAGAGGGGUUGAGUCAUGAUGAGUUGGUGGCGAUGAUUGAGGAGUUUGAUAUGGAUGGGGAUAAUGCGAUUAGUCGCGAGGAAUUUAUGGGGAUUUGCUUGGGUUGA